AAUUGUCAAAAAUCUGUCAAAACUAAAUGUUUUCGUAAACAAUUGGUUAUAUAUAAAUGGUUUUUCUUUAAUUUAUACUGUAACAAGAUGAGCAAAAUGAAUGUAUUUUCAAUAACUGAUAUCCCCGAGUUCUCCAAGAAGGAGCGUAUAGUAGUAGUGGGUGUAAUAGGGAAGUCGCCGUAUCGCUACCCAAACAAAACAACCCCACUUUUACCCUCGGUACAGUCUGAUGAAAAUGGAAUCGAAUGUCACUGGGACGAGCGUCGAGGCAUUCUCUACCUCCAUGCUAUCACAUACCUCGACACAAACCGCCUGACAGCUCUAGCAGCCACUUUAGAUGAGGACUCAAAGAGUAUGGACAAGGAUGCGGAUGCAGCCAACUGGCUGGUGGCGUCAGGGGAGCUGGCCGCGGACUCCUGCAGGGCUAUAGCUCUGCUGUUCCACUUGUGUCAUAUUGUGGUGCUGUCAUCACCAACACCGGUGUUUGAUCUUGGAUAUUUACAGCUGUUUAAGGCUAUUGAUGCUUGUAGGACAGAGCAAAUAGCUCGCAGUACAGCAGCUCUUGUGAGCAUAAAUGCAACGGGUGCGUGGGAAACUCAUGGCCGUACCUGCUGUCCUCGCCUUCUGUUCCACUUCCGCAGAGCUCCCACACCACUGAAAAAGAACCCUGCAGCUCUCAAGAGGCUUGAACAUUCAGUGGAGGAUCAACUGUACUUUAUUUUAAGGAAGUCUAGAAUUAUAACUAAUGUUUGUGCCAAAUCCCUAUUCGCUAUACCAAAAAACGAAGAGUUUGUGUACAUAAGUGGUGACGAGGAGAGCUCGGGCGCGCGCGAGGUGAGCGCGCUGGUGCGGGGGCUGGCGGCGCGCUGCUCCGCCACCUCUGACGUCAUCACGCCGCGGCCCAGCUUCAAGCAGUUCCUGCAGACGCAUAUAGACCUGGCGUUUGGAGAGGGGUUCGAUGAUAACGUCGGGAAGUAUGCUAUGACUACGUCGUUCUUUGAGUUACCUAGCGCGUCGUCCUGGCGCGAGGCGGCGCGUGCUCUCACGCCGGUGUACCUGGAGCCACUGCCGCGCGGUGAGGACGACCCCCCCUCCGGCGCCCUCUACGAUGCUCUAGCGACCGACGUCAGGUUCUCACAGGCCAGGUGUGCUAAGGUGCUGCCCAUAGCCCAGGCAUCUUACGCUGAAGGUCUUCCUGCACAUUACUCCAGUCAGCAUCAUGCACAUAAGGUGAGCGUGGCCCUGGGCGUGUUGUCGAGCAUGGCGCGGGGCCCGCUGGCGCGCGGCGCCCGCGCCCGCCUGCGCGCCGCCUGCGCCGCCAUCUGGCGCACGCGCAGCCUGUGCGAGGCGCUCUCGCUCACCGGACACGUCUGCAUCGAGCCCGAACAUGACAGCAGUAAAGAGCACUCGUCGGGCGUCCGCUACAUUUCCGCGUGUAACUGCGGGCGCUGCAAGUGCUCUCGCGAGGACCCGUACACGCUGCGCCGCGCCAACCACACCUUCUACGUCAUGGCGGCCGAGGAGUGCGGCGUCUGCCCCACGCUGCAGACUAUCGAGUUCCCCGUGUUCCAGCCGUCUACGCCCACUUAUAGAGCGGCAUCGUUAAAAGGUGGCCCGGAGGAGGCGUCCGAGGCGUCAGUAGCGCGCGAGUCGCCGGCGGGGUCGGCCGCGUCCGGCGCCUCGCCCUCCGACGCCAACUGGUCCGCGCCCGACGCGCUGUCGCCCGGCUCCGCCAGGGACGACGACGACGAUGAUGACAAAUCACACACUUCGGACAGAUACGUCGUGCCCGUGAGGGGAGAGACUACUAGCGUAUCAAACCCUGAGAAGGUGAUGAGCCGCCAACCCUCCACGACGGAGUACCUGCCGGGCAUGCUGCACACGGGCAGCCCGGCCGGCCUGCUGCCCGCCUUCUCCAGCUGGUCGCUGGUGUGUCUGGGCGCGUCCUCGCUGUACUCGCACUCGCUGGGCCUGCCCGAGCACCUGCAGCCCGGCUUCCUGCCGCACACCAACUAUCUACUGCCCUGGGACUGUGCUGUCAGACUGGAGUCAGUGAACGCGUGGCGCACGCCGGCGUCGUCGCGCGGCCGCGGCAAGGCCACGCCGCACCAUCACCUCACCGUCAAGAUCUUCAUCGGCUUCGAGUACGAGUGCCCCAGGGGACACAGGUUCAUGAUGUCGUCCCCGGACACGGUGGUGUCGGGCGGCGGCGGCGGCGUGUCGCGCGAGGCGGGCGCGCUGGGCGGGCGGCUGGCGGCGGCCGACAUGCCGCUGAGCGCGGCCUGCGUGUGUCGCGCGCAGCCCGCGCCGCGCGCCGCCGCGCUCGCGCGCGUGCACGUCGUCACGCCCAAGGCGCCCGUGCACGUCACGCUCGACCCCAAGGUCCAACCAAUAGCAGGGGGUCCUAUCUUCAUCCCGCAGCCGGUGGGCUCGCCCCCCAUCAAGCUAUCAGCCUCCGCGUACUGGGUGCUGCGCCUGCCCUACAUGUACAGCGACGAGCGCGGCUGCCUGCCGCGGCCGCGCGCCGGACAGCCGCACCCGCCCGGCACGCUUAUAGCGCCGCUGUUCGGGCUGCAGGACUAAACGACUUGAUAACGGUUUCAUGGAUACCCUAAAGCUUGACUAAGAAGCUACAGGAUCAAGUGGUCUACAGUUGAGGCGAGGAUGACGACUGGGUAUAAAAGAAAAGUCUAUUUAGUAACUCAGUUAGAUAAUUGAAAAAUAUUAGACACGUAUUUUUUGAAAAUUGACAAUAAUAAACUGUCUCAAAGUUCCGGAGAGGGGCUUGUGACGUAACGAUUUCGUAAAAUUAAACACAAUUGUAACAAAGUUUCAUUUAGUGCAAUUUGAUCAAUAUUUGUUUGUGGGAUAAAUUAAAAAAUAGGUAUCCGUUGUUAUAUAUUAAACUACAAGACACUGAAGAAUUGUCGUCAUCCCUAUUAAGAGUAUAGUCUUGUGGCAAGAGAAAGAAAUGUUGAAGAAUAUUAAACGCUCGUUUGGAAACAGCCGCCAAUUGUAAGCAGGGUCACUGAACAUGGAAGGUUGGUUUUGUAAAUAUGGAGUAACAAUAAAGUCGGCGAGAAUAUACCUUUAUGUAAGUUUAUAGUGCGAUAAUGCACUAACACUAUUUGAAAGAGAAAGUCCUGAUUCAAAGAGAAGCCAAAUGUAUAGUGUGAGAGUGUCUUAAUGUCAGACCAUAAUUUGUUGUUAAUCCUUUAUGUUUUAGGGUAUUAUUAAUUUGUAAAGAAUUCAAUUUACUUUGUGUUUUUGCUUUACAAAAUGUAUCUUGUGCAAGCUAUCAAAUUCUAAUAUAUUUAUUUGUACAACUAAGUUACAUGGUAACAAGUUUUGAUUAUAAGUUGUCUGACUUCAAAAAUCUAUUAAAACCGAGACCUUAUGAAAAUGAAGUUUAGAACAGGAGAAAAUUUUCAGUAUGUAAAGUUUUACGCAUUGUAAAGUGCUUUAUAAGUCACGAAGACUGGUCUUCAUUAUUUACUUAUCAAAACAAGCAUGUAAACAAUUGUAUGAAUUGUUAUUAUAGAGAAAAUACAUCGUAUGUAUACUGCCAAAUAAAUAAGAAAUGCACUUUAUUUCCAUAUCAAUACAAUUCAAUUUAGCAUGAAAAUGCAUGUUUAUGAAAAGUGGCAUUGUUUAAAAGCUUAAUAUAUUAAAAAAGAAAUAAAUUAAAUAAAUUAAAAAAGAAGAA